AUGGGUCUAGCCUGUAGGGUUCAGAUGCCCUUGUGGGGAUUCGGUAGGCCGGCGAUGAUGGAGAUUCAGAAUUUGCAGACUGUAUCUUUAUCAGCAGAGGGUGUUCCCAUUCGCAAAACAGUGAAGUAUGAGAUUGAAGAUUAUGCUGAUCCACAGCCAAAUAUCAAUCCCAAGAAUGGUUAUAUUUUCACUCCUCCUGCACAGACUCCAACUCAUCCUCCAAGGCCUUAA